UAUUUACAUUAAAAUGAUGUUCACCACGGAUCCCCUGGAAAUGCUGCCCUCAGCGUACAGGGAGAAACUCCUGCCCAUCGAGAGCUGCAUUAUGUAGCGGUUGCAGAUGGCAGUUAAAGCCAAGUUCAGCAAAACCAACACUUACUGAAAAGGUGACUUUCCAGGAGUCAAAAGCUAGGGAAAGGGAUUUAAUGCACAAAAACCACAUCCUGCUCCUUCCUGGGAAAAGAUGGUGCAUAAGAGGCUCAAGAAGGUGUUCAUUCUCCUAAUUUUCAUUCUUGGAAGUCUUCUUUCUGGCAUGUUCUACAGGCAUCAAAUAAAAAUGUAUCCGAAGGAGGAUUGGCUGAUGAGACAAGUCUAUCGCAAAGACAUAUUGAACUCUACGUGCCUGAUGAACAACCUCUCAUAUUCACAAAGCAAACUGCCACAUGACGUUGCAAGACAGAUCUUUGUGGAGCAUAACCACAAGUUCAUCUAUUGUGAGGUGCCCAAGGUCGGCUGCACCAAUUGGAAGAAAAUCAUCCUCCUCCUCACAAUGAACCUGAGCAGAGAGAUUAAUGAAGUCCAUGAUGAUCUCAUCCAUAAAACCUCACUGAUAAAGAGGCUGAGUUCUUACUCUUCUGACUACCAGGAGAAAUUACUGACCAGUUACACCAAAGUGAUGUUCACCAGAGAUCCCCUGGAACGGUUGAUUUCAGCUUACAGAGACAAGCUUCUGCAUUCUGAGCCAUACUAUAGUAUCACUGUUGCAAAUGAGAUCAAGGCCAUGUUCAGGAAAAACAAAAAUUCAACUGAAAGGGUCACUUUCCAGGAGUUUGUUAAUUUUAUUCUGACACAAAACCAAGAAAAAUUAGACAUUCAUUGGAGACCAAUGUUUCUACUCUGUGAUCCUUGCGACAUUCAUUAUGACAUCAUGGGGAAGUUUGAGACCGUAGUGCAAGAUUCUGAACGUGUUCUUAGGAACAUUGGUGCCCCAGAGGAUAUGCAUUAUCCGAACUUUAAGAAAUAUAGCUCAGAGAAACGUACGAGUGAUGAUAUCACCUUGGCAUAUCUCAGAAAGCUGAGCUCGGAGCAAAUCCAAAAGAUCAAGGAGAUGUACAAGAUGGAUUUUGCCUUGUUCAACUAUCCUUAUGAUUUGCAAAUGAACCUUAAUGAAACUGAUACAGUAUGGAGAAAAAGGCCAUGAAUUUGUAUAUAAAGAUAAUUGCAGGUGGUUGAUGGUAGCACUCAAGCAGUAUAAGUGAUUAGUAGCUCAUGAAUCUAUUUGUCAUAGGCAUUUGUGGUGCUGAAUGUACUAUGAAUCAUCAUUUAUAAAAUUAUCAGGACCAAUAUUACAAAACACUAGUGAAUAUUCUAUCAGAUAUGCUAGGUAAAGUAUUGGUAGAAAAGGCAUGAUUUGCUACAUGUGAUAUGCUGGUUCAUAUGUAUGUGUCAUCUUUUUGGUUUACUGUUGUCCCAGACUUGUGCAGUGUAUCUGGGUGACACCCAUAGACAGAUUGGCAUCGGUGCUAUCCAGCCUCCUUGAUGGCUCAUCAAGGACAAUCAGCUGUACAAUGAACCCAUUGAGAGAAGCCAGGGGUUGUGUCUUUGAGUCAACAGGAUAUUUCAGGAUAAGUUUAUGGACAUGGGACCCCAAGUGCUUUCUAUGUGUUUGGGACAAAGGAUGUACAAGCUACAUGGCAGAGAAUAUCCCUAAAAAGAGUACAGGAAGCUUCGGCGCCUCUGCGCUGCCAUCGUGGGAGCCGGAAUCUGGCCCAUAGUCUGCUCCAGAAUGAAAAUGCCAAUAAUCUCCCCUCUGCUAGAGAAGUGACCAGGAGGUUGUUAACUUGAUUCUGAGAAACCCUAAACCACACAAAUAUCCCAACAAUGAUCACCGCCAGCAGUAAGAACAUUUGGACAUUCAUUGGUUUGUUUCUGCUCUGUGGGCACCACACCAAGCACUGUGACAUCAUGAGGAAAUGUGAGACCCUGCAGCAAAGUGUUGAGCAUGUUCCCAAGGAUAUUUGAGGCCCAGAAAGUUUGCAUUAGUUUAACUUUAAGAGGUAUGACUGAGAACAAUGAACCAGUGCUAUUACUACCAUGGAGUUUCUUAGAAAUCUGAACUUGCAGCAAAUGACCCUAUAGACAGGCUGUGUCCAAUAUUUACCUUUUAUGGGAUCUUAAACUCACACAGCUGUGUUGCUGUUUCAAAAAUUAA